UUGUCACGGGAAGUUGUUCGUUCAUUUCCAGUUGCUAUACCGCAUGUGAGGCAGGGUUGUUGACGUCCUUAAAUUGUCUCGUUAGAGAAGUCCUUACACGCACAAGAUGGGUAGGGAGGACAAAGUAACAUGGAAAACCAAUUACUUCACAAAACUAGUCCAAUUACUGGACGACUAUCCAAAAUGUUUUAUCGUCGGUGCCGACAAUGUUGGUUCAAAGCAAAUGCAACAGAUCAGGAUGAGCCUGAGAGACAGCGCUGUAGUUCUGAUGGGAAAGAACACCAUGAUGCGGAAAGCCAUCAGGGGACAUCUGGAGCGAAAUCCUGCACUUGAGAAGCUGCUGCCACAUAUUCGUGGGAAUGUUGGCUUUGUUUUCACACGAGGAGACCUAGUGGAAGUUAGAGACAAGCUUUUGGAAAACAAAGUACGUGCUCCAGCAAGGAAUGGAGCGAUUGCACCCUGCCCUGUGAUCAUUCCAGCUCAAAAUACAGGUCUUGGGCCAGAGAAGACAUCAUUCUUCCAGGCCCUAUCCAUUCCCACGAAGAUUUCCAAGGGAACAAUUGAAAUUAUUAAUGAUGUUCAUAUUUUAAAAGAGGGUGACAAGGUUGGUGCUAGCGAUGCAACACUGCUGAACAUGUUGAACAUCUCUCCAUUUUCUUAUGGUUUAGUGGUAGAGAUGGUGUAUGAUUCUGGUACCAUCUUCGAGCCUGCCAUAUUGGAUAUCAAACCUGAAGAUCUCAGAGUUAAGUUCAUGGAGGGUGUCUGCAGAUUGGCUGCUGUUUGUUUGUCCAUUGGAUAUCCAACUAUUGCAUCAGCACCUCAUAGCAUUAUCAAUGGAUUCAAGAACUUGUUGGCCAUUGCUGCUACAACUGAAAUUGAAUUUAAGGAAGCUCAGACUGUCAAAGAAUUCCUUAAGGAUCCAUCGAAGUUCGCUGCAGUAGCUGCAGCAACAACAGCUGCUCCUGCAGCAGCAGCUGCUGCUCCUGCAGAAUCAAAGAAGGAAGAGGCUAAGGAGGAGAGUGAAAGUGAUGAGGAUAUGGGCUUUGGAUUAUUUGAUUAAUUACAAAUGUUAACAGAGAACUAGUGUCCACCAUUCCAGUUUUGUUGGAAGUUGUACCUUGAUUUCUGUGUUUUGUCUGUAUUGUCCAUGGAAACUCAUGUACAUUUGUACUUGACUGAUAUCAAUAAAACACCGAAAUAACCUGUCAUUCCAUAA